AUGUUAAAAAAUUUAAUUUACAAUAAACCUUUUAUUAAUUUUAGUAAAAAUAUUAUAAUAAAACCAAAUAUAUCAAAUUAUUAUAAUAAAUUUUUUUCAACAGUCUCAACAACUUCUGCAUUAUCAACAGAAACGGAUGAUUUACAAGAAAUAAAAAGAUCGAGAUUAACCAAAUUAAUAAAACCAAAAAUUAAAAAAUUUUGUGAAGAUUUUUAUUUUAAAAAUAAUAUUCCCGUUGAUGAUAAGGCAAUUGAAACAUUAGAAAAUACAUACUAUGUCUCCAAAGAUCAUUUAAAAAACUAUAUUGAACAUUUGGCAAAUAGGUACCAUAGAAAAUCAUAUUUAUACAAAAAAGAUACUUUAUUAGAAAAUUUAACAAAUUACUCAAGUAUCAGAGAAAAUGCAAAUAGAUAUACAGAAAUACCAAUGGAAAAGCAAAGGAAGAUUGUUAAAGAUAUUUUAUUUUCUUUUUUCAGGUCUGAUAAUCUGGAUUAUUUCUAUGAUUUAAGGUACACCGAUUUUUUACAAGAUCCAGAUGGAAAAUUAUUAUUAGGUUACUAUAGCGGGUCAAUGGUUAGAAUUGCAUAUGGUGUGUUCCCAGAGAAUGAAUGGAUUCCAAAUUUAUUCAGAAGAAAUAUAAUUGGUAUAGAAGAAGAUUAUAAUUUCAAGGCUGAGCUAGAAUGGUAUGCCAGAAGAAAUAAUAUUCACACUGCAGAAGAUUGGGCUUGUGUUGAUGUCCUCGACUUAGAAAAAAAAUGUAAACUAGGAUUCAAGAAUAAAAACAAAACCAUAAAAUUGAUUUUAGAUUGUUUCCCCGAAUUAAAUAUCAGGGUAUUUUUAAUCAAAGGUUUCAAUACACCCAUUUUCAAGUAUUACGACAAUGAAAAAUUAUAUCAACAGUAUGCAACUUAUUUAAUCGAAAAGACAGGUUUUACUUAUAUGGAACAAUUUUAUUUCAUGACAAAUGGACAAAUAUCCAGGCUUAAUGGUCAAGCUUUUUUAUUACAUUCAAAGAAGAGUAGAAAAGAGCUUUUCAAAAGACUUUAUCCAAAUUUCCAAUGGGAAGACAAAUAUUUCGAUUUAACAAAAUACUUGGGAAUAAAAAACAAAAAAGAUAAAGAAAAAAGAGUUGCAUAUAGAAACAAAAUAGAAAAAUUAGAUGAAAUGAUUUCAAAAUUUAAAUUAGAUUAA